AAUCGCGAGGCGACGGAGGGAAAGUUGUGCUGCUCAGACUCUGGAGGAUCACCGUUCAAUGAACGAGGAGCGAAUUCACGCACCAUGAACACUGUCGCUUGAGAAAAGGAAGAGUGCUGUAAACUUACAAUCAUGUUUUGGACUAUUUUGUUGCCAUAUUGUGUGACUUUUGUGCUGGGAAAUAAGACCGACGAACGAAUACCUUUCUUCCACGGGCAUGUGUUUGAGAACUCUCCACCUGGCUCAAAAGUGAACGGACUGAGUAUCCCGGUGAAGCGCAUCGAUCCGCAGCGAUGGUGCGCCAAGUCCGGGAUGCACCUGAAACUCCUGGGGGACAGGAGUGAAGAUUUCCAGGUCUUCGCGCACCACAAGCGAGGACACAUAUUGCUGAAAACCUCUAACGUUCUCGAUCGAGAGGAGCGCGCUGAGUAUCUCCUCAGUCUGGCGCUGUGCUGUCAGAGCUGCGCUUCAGCCGUGCGCGUCGUGGCCGAAGUUGCUUCAGUUAAAGUGGACGUGCUCGACACGAACGACCACGAGCCCACUUUCCAACACGCAGACGUCAAAAUAACUUUGGACGACGCCACGGCCCUGAGGUCGGUGGUGUACACGGUGAAAGCGGAGGACAUCGACAGCGGCAAAAACGCCGAGCUCAUAUACUACGCGCUUCCUAGAAACGGCAGUUUCUAUGUGGUGCCCAAAACCGGCGACAUCCUCCUCGUGGACUCGAUUCUGGGUCUCGCGCAGCCCAUAAAGUUCAGCGUGUUUGCGCGAGACCACGGCUGGCCCGCUCGGACCAGUCAGAAUAUGGAUGUAGAGAUAAGUCCGCGCCAAUGGCCAGCCCUUCCUCAGAUCGAUAACGGACUCUCGAGAAAGUCCCGCUCCGUGCCGGAGCCGGUGCUUAUCACCGUGUCCGAAGACGCGAGUAUCGGCUCCGUCAUAAUGAAUCUACACCCGGUGAGGUUUCAGUCCGCCAGUUUUGAGCUGAUUCACCCGGACGCGGAUAACUCUCCCGUCACCGUGAGUCGGGACAGCGGAGAUUUGGUUAUAUCAAGACGGCUCGACCGAGAGACGCAGCCGCUAGUGGAGAUAACUGUAAAAGUACAAGAUAAGCGAGGUCCUGACUGGUAUACGGUGAGAGUGGAUUUGACGGUGAUGGAUGUCAACGAUAAUGCCCCAGAAUGGACGAUGGUCCCUUUCCCCUACCUGAGUGUGGUCUCUGCUAAUGCCCCACCAAGCACUCUAGUCUACAAGCUUCAAGCCAGAGAUGGUGAUGAGGGCAUCAAUGGAGAGGUGGAAUACUUCCUGUCUGAUGGAGGUGACGGGAGAUUUGAGGUGGACAGGAAGAACGGUUAUGUGCGGACGACAGGCCUCCCCCUGCAGAGAGACCGAGAAUACCAGCUCACAGUGGUGGCUGCUGAUCGGCAGGGCAGCCGCAAUCCUCCCGCUGUAGUGUCCAUCAUCGCUGGCCCUAGAGCUCCUCAAUUCACCAACGUGUCUUAUACAAUUUCCAUACCAGAAAAUACACCAGAAGGCCAACCCUUCCUUGUCACUCCAGCAGUGUCCUUCCAAAAACAGCCAGUAUCUUACAGCCUGCUCAUCAAUCCCAGCAGUCUUUUCAACAUGCAGCCAGAGACAGGGGAGAUCAGCCUGACCCGUACUAUAGACUAUGAGAGUGACCAGCACCGUUACCUGCUGCUGGUGCGGGCCAGUGAGAAUCAGGACAGUCUCAGCAGUGCUGCCGAGGUGAGAGUGAUCAUCAUGGAUGAGAAUGACUGUGUUCCAGAGUUCCAGCAGUCCAUUUAUAGCAAAGACGGUGUCCCUGAGACAGUCACGACCGCAACGUCACUUCUGCAGGUAUCAGCCAGCGAUUGCGAUUCGGAGCAGAAUGCAGAGAUCACAUACUACACGCUUAGUCAAGAUUUCAUAAUUUCAGCCCAUGGCACCAUAUUCCCGGCAGGCCCUCUGGAUUACGAGAGGCCCAACCACCUGUAUGAAUUCGUAGUGAUGGCGGUGGAUAAGGGCGAGGUGCCCCGCACCGGCACGGCCACCGUGCGUCUUCGUAUGGCCAAUGUCAACGACGAGCCUCCAGAGUUCUCCCAGCCUGUGUGAGUUCCUUAUCACUGCCGCCGCUCCUCAGCCUCAUUAUGAAGGUAGAAUGCGUCAAAAAGAUUUGCAUACGCAGGG